UGGGCGAUACUCCAGCAGAAGAGCUCCAGAACACUCUAUUUAGCCCUUUUCUCUGACUCCAGCAUGGACAACAUUUUCUCCCAUUUAUUUGGUCUGAACAACGACUUCUUAACAGACUUAUCGCAUCCUCUUGUCAUCACUGGAGGCCAAACUUAUUCGCCAGUCCCAAACGAUGUGGACUACAAUGACAUGUUCGACGAUACUGUGGUGAUAAACAUUCACGAAAAUGCAAAUUGCGAUGUUUCUGGUGGCGAUAUCAGAGUGAAUGACACUGAAAACUGUGCUCCCAUUGAGCAGGUUGGCGAUGUCAAUAAGAAAAACAACAGAAAGUCCUUAUCAUUUAAGGAAAAGAUCCAGCUUGGUUUUAAUGAUUUUUUGAUAGUCCCAUUUAAUGAAAAUAACCAAAAGAAGAGAACUUGUUCCGAUACUAAUAAUAAUACCAAUACCAAUACCCUUGCCAAUACCCUUACCAAUUCUGUCUCCAAUACCACUAAUAGCUGCAAUAUCUACAAUUCUGGCUUUAAUUAUAACAAAAACAAAAACAAAAGCAAAAGCAAAAACAAAAAUAGAAACGAUAAAUACCCCUGGCCAGACGAUUUUCUUCAAGACGUUUACACUAAAAUCAUAUUUACUUAUCGAACGAACUUCCCAUUAAUUCCAAGAGACCAAAACUCCCCAUAUCCAAUAUCUUUAAGUUCUUUGUUUAGAACAAAAUUUUCUACUUCAUCUUUUGAUUCAAACGGCUUUAUAAACGAUUGUGGAUGGGGCUGUAUGAUACGAACUUCUCAAUCUCUACUAGCAAAUACUUUUAUUAAUUUAUAUAUCAACAGACCAAACGAAAAAACCUGGUUAUUCAACUCAAUUGAAUCCUUCAAGUCCCCAAAAAUCUCGGAUUUAAUCCAUGAAAGAAUCAUAUCUUGGUUUAUAGACGAUUUAAUUGCUCCUUUUUCAAUCCACAAUUUUGUCAAACAAGGUAAUUUAUUAUCAGGAAAAAGCGCUGGUGAAUGGUUUGGUCCAUCCGCUGCUUCAAGAUCAAUUCAAUUUUUAGUCAACAAUUUUCAUCAAAUCAAUUUAAAAGUCUACAUAAGUAGUGACAAUGGUGAUAUCUAUGAUGAUGAGAUCUUCAAAUUAAUCACAACUUCAAAGGAUUAUAUUUCAAUCAGUCCAACAGUUUCUCCGACUUUAGUAUCUUCAAAUAAUAACCCGAGUAAUAAUGGUGAUAAUGAUAUACCCGAACUUAUAAAUUUAAAUGAUGAAGAUAAAGAACUUUUAAAAACUAAAUCUUAUGCAAUUGGUAAUUCAAAUUCAAAUUCAAACUCAGAUUUAAAUUCAAAUUCAAAUAUAAUCCCAACUACAAGUAAUUCUAAGAUAAAUAAUAUUGAUAGUGUUCUGGGUAACGAUUUCAACACAAAACACGACAAUUCAUAUAUAAAUAAUAAAAAUAUUAAUAAAAAUAUCAAUAUAAAUACUUAUGUUAACGGUAGCAAUAAUCAAGAUGAUAUUGACGAUAUUAAUGAUGAUAAUGAUAAUGAUAAUUAUAAUGAUACUAUCAGUAACAAUAAUAAUAAUAAUAAUAAUAAUAAUAAUAAUAAUAAUAAUAAUAAUAAUAAUGAUAAUGAGGUGAAAAAUGAGAACAAUAACAAUAAUAACGGUAUAAACUUCGCAAUAAACAUAACAGCCAACUCUCUAAACAAUGGAAAAUAUCAUACUGAAUUACUAGAAAAAGACGAGAGCUUUGAUAAUAAUGAAGCAUUUGAAAAAAUCAUUAAAGAUAAAGAUGAAGAUUUAGUUAUAAUACCAAAUCAUGUUAAAACUCAAUCUCCAAUACUAAUCCUAUUAGGGUUAAGAUUGGGUAUCGACAACGUUAAUCCAAUUUAUUGGACUUCUUUGAAGAAAAUCUUAUCCUCAAAAUUUUCUGUAGGCAUCGCCGGUGGUAGACCCUCAGCUUCUCAUUAUUUUUUUGGAUACCAGGCUGAUUACCUAUUUUAUUUAGAUCCUCAUAUCCCUCAACCCGCUUUGAAAAACUCAACAAAUUAUGAUCUAAGUCAAGACUCAAUUUUAUCAAAUUUUAAAUACGACUCAUCAAAAUUGAAUAACAUUAAUAAUUUCAAGAAAGAUAAUUUUGACAACAGUUUAACAUUAUUGUCAAAUAAAGAAAUAUUGUCUGUUCACACUAAAAACGUCAGAAAAUUGCAUUUAUCACAAUUGGAUCCUUCAAUGUUAUUAGGCUGUUUAAUUCGAAAUUUGGAUGAAUGGAAAGAAUUUAGAGAUUUAAUUACAACUGAAAAAUUAGAUAAUAUUCUUCACAUAAUCGAUCAAAAUGAUUAUGUCAUAUUAGAUAAGUUUGGAACAUCAACUUCAAAUAAUGUAAAUUACAAUAUAAUUGACUUUGAUUCUAAUGAGGAUUGGGAAAAUGUUACAGUUUCCUAAUCAAAUUUAGAGAUAAUUUGAUUCAAUUUGUUUUAGGUCGGUUUAAUUUAGUUUGAUUAAUUUAUUAUAUUUUUUUUUUCUAUUUAUUUUUCCUAUUUUGUUACUUUUCAAUUUUCAAAUUCAU